GUUCGCCGAGUUGCGACAACACCUCCGCCCACUCACGCUACGGACGGAUACACGUCGGUGAACAAGGCCUCGAGUGCUUUUCUUGCCUCGGGUCUCUGCCCGAAUCAGUCACCAUGUCGCGUCCCGAGGACACUCUCGCGGCCGAUGUCUACUACGACGAUGUCGAAGCACGCAAGUACACGACCAGCUCCCGCAUACAGAAUAUCCAGGCCUCCAUGACAAGACGAGCCCUCGAACUUCUCAAUCUGAAAUCCCCGAGCUUGAUCCUCGACAUUGGCUGCGGCAGCGGCCUGUCGGGGGAGAUCUUGUCGUCGGUGCCCGAAGACGAAGGCGGGCCACACGUCUGGGUGGGGAUGGACAUCAGCGCGUCCAUGCUGGACAUCGCGCUGCAGAGGGAUGUCGAAGGCGAUUUACUGCUCGCGGACAUCGGGCAGGGCGUACCAUUCCGCCCUGGUACCUUCGACGCCGCCAUCAGCAUCAGCGCCAUCCAAUGGCUCUGCAACGCCGAAAACAGCGAGACGUCGCCUGCCGGCCGGUUAACGCGCUUCUUCAACGGGCUGUAUGCGUCUCUGAAGCGCGGCGGCAUGGCCGUGUGCCAGUUCUACCCCAAGAACGACGCGCAGAAGCAGAUGAUCACCUCGGCCGCCGUCAAGGCCGGCUUUGGCGCCGGUCUGCUCGAGGACGACCCUGACACGAAGAAUGUCAAGGUCUACCUGGUGCUGACAGUCGGGAGCAGCGCUGUGGCCAGCAAGGGUGGCGACAUCACGGGCGUCGUGGACGGCAUGGACAAUGUCGAGGUGCUGGACAACCGGAAGAAGGCGAAAUCCGGCAAGGGCGAGAUCAAGAAGGGCAGCAAGGCCUGGAUCAUUAAGAAAAAGGAGCAAAUGGAGCGCAAGGGAAAGAUCGUCAAGGCUACGUCCAAGUACACUGGACGGAAGCGGCGGCCUCGUUUCUAAGGUUCCAAUCCUAUGCUCUCCCCAUUUUUUUGCUUUCAGGGUUUGCAUGGAGCGGCGUUUCUGGCGCGGCGACGAAAAGCCUGUAUGGCUUGCUAUAUUCUUUCCUUUCC